UAAAGCACGCUUGAAAGACUCAAAUGAUACCAUCAAGCUAAGGUUGUGUGUUAUUAAGCAGAUAUUUCAAGAGAACAAAACAUUUUCAACUAUAAUCUCACAAACAUGAAUUGGUUUUUACUUCUUGUUACACUGUUAAUAUCAGUGAGUUACUCCAUUGGAUUCAGUAAAAAAGAUUGUAGUCCACCAAGUCUACCUGGUCUAUGUAGAGCGAGGAUGCACAUUUACUAUUGGAACGGCAAAGCCUGUGUUCCAGGAAUGUAUGGAGGUUGUAGAGAACGGCAAAAAAUUUUUCAUUCAAAAGCAGAUUGUGAGAGAAUAGCUAAACCAGUUUGUUCAUAAAUUUUGCCAGGAAAAUGUUCGCAACAUAGUAAAAAUGGGAUUGGCUUAUAUUUA